AUGGGCAAGAAGAAGGUUCUCGUUUGCUACGGUGUCGACAUUGAUGCCGUUGCCGGCUGGCUCGGAUCCUACGGCGGAGAGGACAGCACGAGCGACAUCAGCAGAGGAAUCUGGGCGGGAACAGUCGGCACACGCCGCCUGCUUUCCCUUUUCGAGAAAUACAACAUCAAGGCGUCAUGGUUCAUCCCCGGCCACACGCUGGAGACGUUCCCCGAGGAGUGCGCCAUGGUGCGCGAUGCGGGCCACGAGAUCGGCCUGCAUGGCUACAGCCACGAGAACCCUGUCGACAUGACCCCCGAACAGCAGCGGGACGUUCUCGACAAGACGUGGAAGAUGCUUACCGAGUUCUGUGGCGGCAAACCUCCCAAGGGUAGCGUGGCCCCUUGGUGGGAAACCAGUCAGGAGGGCACCGAACUCCUGCUGAGUUACGGUAUUGAGUAUGACCACUCCAUGUCCCACCACGACUGUCAGGCCUACUGGCUGCGGACAGGCGACAGCUGGACGAAGAUCGACUACACCAAGAAGGCUGAGGAGUGGAUGAAGCCCCUUGUGAAAGGAAAGGAGACUGGUCUGGUGGAAAUCCCUGGAUCGUGGUACAUUGACGAUUUGCCACCGAUGAUGUUUAUCAAGAACUCCGCCAACUCACAUGGUUGGGUGAACCCAAGAGAUGUCGAGGAUAUCUGGAAAGACCACUUCGACUACUUUUACAGAGAAUACGAUGAGUUCAUCUUUCCAAUGACGAUCCACCCGGAUGUCUCCGGAAGACCCCAUGUUCUCUUGAUGCACGAGCGUAUCAUUGAGCACAUCAACAAGCAUGAGGGCGUCGAGUGGGUCACCAUGGGAGAGAUGAGUGAUUGGUUCAAGUCGACGAACCCCGCCCCAGAAGGUGGAUUGAUGCCUGCCAGCCAGGAAGAGGUGAUGAAGAAGUACGAGGAAUGGAAGAAGACACAGGCAUAA